GUUCUCUGCUUCUGUGUGAGCCGUAGAGGAGGAGCGUGCCGGGUGUGCAAGCCGUUACAGAUGGGAAGAUGGUGGAAUCUGGAGCAGCAACGUGCACGAUACUCCGUCCCAAACAUUUUCAAAAACAGUUACCAUCACAACCUGGCAUUAGAUAUCGGUUACCUGGGGACAACCAUAGAUAGUAAAUACUAAAACUGAACUCUAAGUAUUUUGAUUUCGGUGCAAGGCGCACCUUUCAUUGGUGGUGCCUAAAGCGUGGGGCCAAACGGCACAGAUCAUAGUAUUUUGAUACUCUAGGAAGGAUCUCUCGGCUGGGAUUGUUGAUAAACUGUUGACUGUCUACACAUUCUUGUUCUGUAUAAUCUGUUUCUUUUGGGCUUCGGUGUUUUGGAGCGGCUGUCAGAAUGCCACGAAGCAAAAAGGGGAAACGCGGUGGGAGCAGUUCGAGUAAGGGCUCACUUCGACAGGAACUGCUUCAGCUGCAGUUGUCAAAGACUGCCCUGUCACGUGCAGGGAGAAAUGGGGUAAAAGGCGAGUCUGGUGUGAGUGAUGACGAUUUGGCGUCGGAGGUUCUCAGUCACUACAGCAGCACCAGUGAGAGCGCAUCAGUCAUAGAGGAAGGCACAGGUGAGGUUGUAGAUGAACAAACUGCUCAGGAAGAAACAGAAGACAAACUGAAGCAAUGCAUCGACAAUCUGAUGGACAAAAGUGCUAAGACCCGUCUGGCUGCAUUAGAAAGUCUGCGCUUGGGGUUUUCUUCCAGAGUCCUGUAUGAAUUUUUGUUAGAGCGACGUUUCACCAUCAGUGACUGUCUGGAAAGGAGCUUGAAGAAAGGUGGAGGAGAGGAGCAGGCCGCUGCUGCUACAGUGUGCGCUCUCUUGUGCGUGCAGCUCGGGGGCGGAGUUGAAGGUGAGGAGGGCUUUAAGAUGCUCCGCCCCAUCCUCAGCUCCAUUUUGAUUGACAGCUGUGCCAGCCUGUCAGCUCGACAGAGUUGCGCUCGAGCUCUGGGUAUGUGCUGCUACGUGUCUGCCUCAGAUGAUGCAGAGGACCUUCUAAAAUCUAUUGGUCAUUUGGAGAGUGUGUUUGUGGGUGCAUAUCCCCUGGGUGAUGGCACUCUGCCCUCUGUCAAAGCCGGGAUCCCUGUGCUCCACAGCACUGCCCUUCAGUCUUGGGCUCUGCUCUGCACCCUUUGCCCUGCAUCACGCAUCAACACCAUUCUGAACCACCACAUGCCACGUCUACACGCAUGUUUAGAAAGCAGUGAGGUGAACUUCAGGAUUGCUGUGGGAGAGACCAUCGCUCUGCUGUGUGAAUUGGGACGGGACAUCGAUCAGGAAUUUGAGUAUGAGGACUGCGAUGCAUUGUGUGACAGUCUAAAGAACCUGGCAACUGAUGGAAACAAACAUCGUGCUAAAAAUGACCGCAGGAAACAGCGCUCAAUCUUCAGAGAGGUGCUGCACUACAUUGAGAAUGAAGAUUUCACUGAGGAGAAGAUCCAGUUUGGGAUUGAGGCCAUCUACAUUGAUGGCUGGAUGCGCCGCAGGAUUUAUGAUGCCUUUAAGGAAGUGCUCGAGUCUGGAGUCAGACACCACCUACAGUUUAAUCCUUUGUUGAGAGAUAUUUUUGGACUUGGACCUCCUCUCAUCCUGGAUGCGUCUGUCAAAGCCAGCAGGAUCUCCCGCACAGAGAGGCAUCUGUUUAACUCUGCUGCAUUCAAAGCCCGGACUAAAUUAAGGAACAAAGUGAGGGACAAACGUGCCGACGUGAUGUGAGGAUGAAGAGAAACACUACAUCCUUAAAGGAACACUCCACUAUUUUUGAAAAUAGGCUCAUUUUACAACUCCCC